UGGAGUUGGUAAAUCAAGUAUAGUUCAAAGAUUUGUGAGUGAUACAUAUUAUGAAUCCAUCCCUCCGACGAUAGGUGCCUCAUUUAUGUCAAAGACGUUAGCAGUUGAUGAAAAAAUGUACAAAUUUCAAAUAUGGGAUACCGCAGGUCAAGAAAAGUAUCGAGGUUUAGCACCCAUGUAUUACAGAGGGGCUGCAGCAGCAAUAGUGGUCUAUGAUAUCACAAGUCAAGCAUCAUUCAGUAAAGUACGAGACUGGAUCAGAGAACUGAGGCAGCAUGGACCAGAGAACAUUGUUAUAUCAGUAGCAGGGAACAAAUGUGAUUUAGAAGAUUUAAGAGAGAUUCCAGUGAGGAUCGCAGCAGAAUAUGCAGAAGAGGUUGGAGCUGUUUUUACAGAAACAAGUGCCAAGACAGCAGCAAAUAUAAAAGAAUUGUUCAUUGCAAUUAGUAAAAAGCUCCCACCAGAAGUUUUAGUACCAGGUUACGGCACAGACACAAUUAACCUGAGGAACCAGAAAGAAAAGAAAAAGAGGGGUCGAUGCUGCUGACCCCAGCCAAAGGUCAUCAGAGGUCAUAGGUCAAUUCUUAGCCUGCCAUGCUUUCGUGAUCACCAGACACACCUGUGUAAUCGCCUGCUGCCCUCGUGUGUUGCUGCUGCCACGAAGACUAUCCCUAUAAGGAUGUGUUUGUACUUCUUAUUUGAAGACAGAUUGAGCAUUUUGAAUGCACAUGGGAAACGUUCAGUCUUGCAGUUUAUAAGAUAACUGAUUUCAGUUGACGUAUCUGGGCUUGACAGAGCCAAUCAAUAAUGCAUUGUGCAGUAAUGUUCAGGAGCAAUAAGCGCAAAGUUUGAAAUGAACCUUCAUACAAACAUGCUUGAUAGUCAUGUUGCUUAUAUGCCUCCCUAGAAACUACAUUGUGAACUUUGUUUGCAAACACAGUCAUAAACUUUGUUUGAAAUUGGAUUUUAUUACUUAGGACAAAACCGCUUUUUGCUUUGGCCAUGUUUUCUUGUUUUCAAAGCUCCCAUUGAGCCCCCCCCCCCGCAAAAAAGGAUUUACGCACAUUGUACCCUGAAUAUGUUUCUUGAAGUGCCUUUAGAUUCCCAUUUCCAUGCAAACUGUUAAUCUGAUGUCAGCUGGAAGCUGAUUGUGCCUGCAGUGGUGGAGUCGAUAGUACAAGAAAAAUGCAUUAGAGUGGAGGUCAGCAUUUUAUUUUGGAUUUGUAGAUCUGAGGGAUUGCCUUUCAAAAUUUUGGAGUAAAGACGAGUGUUAUUACAAGGCAGGCAAAUGAUUUUUAAUGGAUGCUUAUGUUGAAAGAGGCAGAGUUCAAAAUCUAGAGCAGUUUUUCUUUUAAAAAAAGUAGAAGUCUUUCUUGCCCAAUAUGUGUGACUUUUCAUGAUCUACAUGUGUAACAUGACUGAAAUACGCAGCCAAUCAACAUACACAAAGGCGACUUAUAAUUAUUAUGAUAUUUUUACUCUGCUCUUGAAAUGUUGUAGCCUUUUUUUCUAACCAAUGACUUAGUUUUGUAGUAGAUGGAUUGCAUUAAGGUAUAAAAAAGUCUUCAUUCCUCUAUUAUUACAGAAAUUUCAAACUAUACAAAAUAUUUGAAUUCAUUGUUAGCAAUUUUAGAUCAUUGUGUUUACAAAUAGGCAUAACAUUUUUGCGAGCAUCGGAAGAUGAUGCGCUAAAAAGGAUUUAAUGUCCUCCCCCCCUUCCCUUGCCUGUAUACGCCCUUGUUUGGAUAUCUUUCUGAUCAUAUGUGCAUCUGUGGUAUAGCUGUGGAUUCUUGACACUCUAAGGUUAUUUUUCUAUGGGCCCUUUUGACCAGAUAUUGGAUGUUAACUUCGGUAAUCGUUAAAAGUGCAAUAUCAUCCACAGAAGUGUAGAUUCGUGACUAUGACUGCAUUUCAUUGAAUUGCAGUUCCUCUUUUGUCAUUAUCUCAUCACUGACUCUAUAGUAAGAUGUAUCUUGUAAACAGCAUAGGGGAAAUCACACAACCCUGCCUGACCCUUUGGAUGUUUUCAACCAAUAAGUCAAUUCACUGUUGACUCCUGCUGCCUAGAUGAAUUCAUAUUGAGAGCUUUGAUGAGAUUGGGUCAACUAUUGGAGAAGCCAAAUUCCAUUGGUGUUUCCAAACUAUAGGCUUGGGAGACUAAAUAAACAAACUUGUUCAAAGUUGAUGUAUUAAUGUUUCAUUCUCUGGGGUUUUCCUAAUCUCCUUGUCAUAUUUAGCUGAUCAUUUGUAGUUCUUCCGGGUUAGAAAUGUUGCUUUAGUCAAUUUUCAUGAUUUUUCUCAGCUUCAGUUUUUACAUGAAUGCAUAAUUAGUUAUCUGUGUGAGACAGAAAGUAGGAAAAUAUUUUAUUCACUUUGCUUUCCCCAUUUCAAGGCUGGUUAUGUUUUCUUCUAGAGAGAGAUAGUUUUCUUGAAAGCAUAACACAAUAAAUGAUUGUGUCAUCCCCCACUUUAAUGGCAUCUAGUUACGACUUUGAAACGAGGGCUUCAUCUUACAAAAAGAUAGGAUUAAUGCAAUCGAUCUCAAGUAUGGCAAGUCAGCAACAUCAUCAUUUGACAUAUAUCAUUUAAAGUAUUCUAGUAAUAUGUACAACUCUCAUGCAUGAGUCAUUCUUCUUCAAAUCAGUUUGCUCUCUUGUGUUCAUAUAGAACCGUAUAUACACAUGAAGUAUCCUUGAUGAAGAAUUAUGACAGAGACGGCUUCCCAUAUUGAUGAAUGUUUGGAGGGGUUUUCAACUUUUUUAAAGGUGGCCUUUUUGUAAUCCCUCUUGUUUUUAUUUUGAAUUAGUUUUCAAAACAGGUGAAAUCCUUUUGGUAUACAAAUUAUGCGCAGAUGUGAGUGCAUCGGUAGGUUUUGUGAGCAUAAGGUAACUAUGGAACUGUUAAACCCACACAAGGCGCAGCCGAUUGGGUUUAGACAAGUUUCCAGAGUUACUGCAUGCUCACUUGUCCUAUUGAUGCCUUAACAAAACUGUGUAUCAUUUGUUUUAUAGAAUGGUGAAUUUUUUUGGCUAAAAAUCGAUUUUAUUACCACCAUGCAUAAGUAAUUACCAAUGUAUGGCUAGUCAUCAAUCCGGUAAAUUUGCCAUGCAUAAGUAAUUACCUAUGUAUGGCUAGUCAUCAAUCCGGUAAAUUUGCCAUGCAUAAGUAAUUACCUAUGUAUGGCUAGUCAUCAAUCCGGUAAAUUUGCCAUGCAUAAGUAAUUACCUAUGUAUGGCUAGUCAUCAAUCUGGUAAAUUUGCCAUGCAUAAGUAAUUACCAAUGUAUGGCUAGUCAUUAAUCCGGUAAAUUUGCCAUGCAUAAGUAAUUUCCGGACGCAUGGCUGGCCAUGUGACAGUAUACAAAUAGCGAAUAGGCAUGAGUGCGAUGGUGCGAGAUUUCGCAUGAGGUGAAAGAAAGAUGCUCUAUUCAACGAGGCGUUAGCCGAGUUGAAUAGAGCGUUUCUUUCUUUCACCGAAGCGCAAUGAAUUAAAUCGUAUUGUGACGUCACCUCCUAAACCCGUGCAACGGUACAUUUUGGACGGUACAUUCUGGAUGGUACGUCUUUUGUGCAAUGGUACGAAUGUUUGACAUUCAGCCUCCCAUUUGCUCGCGUACAACAAGCUAAGUAGGCGUUGUACAAUCAUUACUUAUGCAUGAUAGCCAUUCUAUUAUAGUUUUUAACAGGUCCGAGGGGCUGUUUUAUAAAACCUUUUCAUAAGCUACACAUGACUGGUGACCCAUUAUUGUGUAGAAUGAUACACCCCCAACUGACAUUGCACCUAAGAACCUGUUCCAGUUGUUUGUAAAGUCAUGCAUAACUUUACAAAGAGCUUUUUGAAAGUCCAACCAGCAAACUUUCCAAGACUGGGCUGAACAGUUAUUUUUAGAACACAGAAACAUGUCAGUGGUAUUUGAUGAUUAGGAGGGGAAAAAAUGGUUCAAAUAUCUUCCCUUUCCUUGUGCCUUGUACAUAUAUACAUAGUAUUAAAAGAUCUUUAUAUAAAUAACAUUUGUAUCUAUUUCAACCUGUACAUUGCAAUCAUUAGCUCAAUUCUAUAUAUAUGCGUUUUUAGAGUGAAUGUGAAGUAUGCGUUUGAUCAUAUUCAUACUUCAAACAAAUUAUCUGUAGAGGUGAUUUGAAAUGUAAUCCAUAUUGAUGUUGUAAGGUGCUCAAGUAAUCAUGUGUGCAAAAAAUAUUUUUCCCUUGUAACAAAAUAUGUUUCUGUUUGAUUAUCUAACAUAGUAAAUCAGUAUUCAAUUCUAUUUUUACAUUCUUGGAGGAGAAAAUUUGAAUUAUAAUAACCACAACGAAUAAGUGAGGAUAUGACACCAGCAGCUCGCUUGUUGCAUAUUUGUGAGGAUAUUUAGAGAACCGUUUCACUGACAACAUGCAAAACUUUGAAUUGUCAUAACUUUGUUAUUCCGUGUCCAAUUCUGGUGAAUUUUUCUGUGAGUUUUUCUAAUUUUACUCCAUCUCUUCAAAUCAAAUAGUACAAAGUAAUUGUUGGAUUUGCAAUUGAUUUCAUUAUUUGUAUCCUUCGCAAAAUGUUCAAAUGCCAAUAAAAAUCAACCAUACAGACAGGUGUAAGACGGGUUUAGAUGUCACAUCUGAUUUAUCUGUACGGAGAUGGCUGUUAGAAAUGAAUGAGUAUUUAUUGCCAUCCAUUCAUACUGCCUUUUGUCACCCACUCUUAUGUGUGUAUGUAUUUGUCACCAACCUAACUAAAAAGGUCGACUACUCUAGAAUGAAAAAAGUUACAGAAUUAGGGGCCUACACGUCGAUAUGAAGUUAUAUUUUUUAUGUGAUUUUGUUUGUAAUUUCGCAUCUGAAAAUAGGAUUCGAAUUUCUCAUUGUAUUUAGAUAUCAGAUAUUUCUCCAGUUUUGUUAAAAGAACCCACCAAUUUUCAAAUACCAACAGUGGCAUACUAUGACUUAUUAAUUAUUUCUUUACUUUGUUUUACACAGAGUUGUUUGAUAGCAGAAUGCCAGAGUUUGAUGUCAUAUCAACUUCCAAAUAUAUAAUUGUGAUAACUGUUAUCUUGGAGUAUAUAUUUAUUUCAGAUGACUGAGAAGCUGAAUUCAUUCUAAAAGUAGCCAUUUCAAUUAAUAAAACAUAACAUAGAUGAUAUAUUUAUAUGAUAACUACCUGUAGUUGUUUUCAUGUCUACAACAUUUGUUGGUCCUGAUUUAACAAAGCAAACACAUUAUGUUUAUGUUAAACAUGGCAUGUUAGAAUAUGUGAAGUAAAUAUACAAAUCAGAUUUUUUUCCUAAUUUAUUGAAUCUUCUUGUAGCAGGAACACAAAUAGAAUUAAAAAGAAAGUCAGAAUAGAAGGAAAUCCAAUAGUUGGCAAAAUAAACAAAUGAAACACUUUAAGGAUUUAAUCUUAUGCAUUUUAUCUCAGGAAGAUAAUAUUUUUUCAUAUUAGGUAAUGAUGAUAUUAGAUUAUAAAAAAAAAUCAUUAUCUGUGUUCUAGCUGCAAGUGAUAUUUACAUUAUUUUGUUUCAAUUGAAAUAGACAAUUCUUAAGGGACUUUGAACUUGAAUACUUUUAAAAGUGGAGUUCAUGUAAUUUUAACCUGUAUAUUUUUUAAUUAUAAGUGUAUUCAUAUUUGAAUGAGAGAAUGAUAUAUUUGUGCAGAAAUAUUGAAUUUGUAUAUUAUGAUAAAUCAAAGGCUGUACAAUCAAUGUUACUUUAGUCAAUCAAAUGGUGCAUCAAACCAAGUAAUUGGGAAUGCAUUAUGAGUUGCUCAUUAUACAUUUAGCUUGUAUAUUGGCUCUUUCUAUUGGUUUCUGAUAAUUUUAGUCAGAACACAUCCCAUCAUGUAGACAUAUGUGCAAGUAAUUAAUUCUUGUUUGAUCAUCCUCCCUGCCCCCGUUAUUUUGAAAAUAAACAAACCCGGACAAUAUCACUGUAGAUGAAAUGGCAUCAAUAGAAAUAUUAUAUACAUCUCGAGAGGAUAUUUCUUCAAGAUAACCUGUUAAUCAUGUUGUCAUGGAAAUAUCUAUUUAAUGAAACGAAUGGUUUUACUCUAUGAUGAUGAUAUUUACAAA